GCGAGAUAGAUGCCAAUAUAUCGUCUCGCGAAUUUCACGAGAUAGUGUUGAAACAAUCAAUUAUCAUCGAUUCAUCUUCACUACGCAAUUAGUCUCUGCAAAUGCAAUGAUUAAUGCUGAAACUCCAAAACUUCAUACCAAUUUAGUAUGCAACAACUACCAUAAACAACACUAAUAAGAGAAAGAAAAAGAGGGGUUUGUACCAGAAAAAAAAAACACUCUACAGAAACCGCCAUUUUUAAACGUAACACAGAAUAAAAAGGUCCAUCUUUUUCGACCAAGUGCCAUCAAAAUCCAAUUUUGGAUAAAGUCUCUUUGAAUCCAAGUUUCUCCCUCUUCGGGGGUUGGGUCUAGUACAGUGUCAGUGUCAACCCUACUAAAUUCAUUUCCUUUGGCUUUAACCCCAUUUUCUGCUUCUGCUUCUUUUUAUUCUCAGUAUUCAAAUCUAGGAUUCAAAAACGCUUCCGUACCUACUUAUACCUUCCAUUCCUUCAUUAACAAAUCUACAUUUUCCACAAAGACACUAAUUAAGCUUAGUACUAGCCAGUACCCACCUUUUAGGACCUUUAAACCUGGCUUAGUAUUUUUUUUUUGAUGUUUAUAUCCCUUGUGUAUUUUGUGCUCUUGAGAUGUUUGUUUUUUGUCCUUGCUGAGUUCAUUUUGAAUUGGAAAGAGUUCUUUGAAGUUUGUUUCUUAGAGAGAAGUGGCUGAAGGAGGAAGGAAUAGAAAAUUGUACAAGACUUUGUGGGAGAACAUGAAGCUAUACACUUCAUUGUUGUUUCUGGGUUUGAUUUCCACGCUGUCUUUUGUAGCUUCUGAUACGGUGGCAAAAAAUGAAGUUUCGGCGCUUCAAACCUUCAGAGAAGCUAUCUUUGAUGAUCCACAUCUUGUUUUGUCCAAUUGGAAUACCCUGGUUUCGGAUCCUUGUGAGUGGAAUGGUGUUUUGUGCAAUGGACCUCGAGAUCAUGUCAUCAAGCUAAACAUAUCAGGGUCAGCCUUAAGAGGGUUUCUUGCACCAGAAUUGGGGCAAAUCACCUACUUGCAAGAACUAAUCUUGCACGGAAACAAUCUUAUUGGAACAAUACCAAAAGAAUUGGGCAUGUUGAAAUCUCUCAAGGUGUUGGACUUGGGGUUGAAUCAGUUAUCAGGACCGAUUCCUCGAGAAAUUGGAAAUUUGACCCAAGCAGUGAAAAUAAACCUGCAGUCCAAUGGGUUGACUGGUAGGCUACCCCCAGAGCUUGGAAAUUUGAAAUACCUUCAAGAACUUCGGUUGGAUAGGAAUAAGCUUCAAGGACCUGUUCCUGCUGGUGGAAGUUCUGAUUCAACUAUGCAUGAGAUGUAUGCCUCAAAUGUGAAUUUAACUGGCUUGUGUCGUACGUCUCAAUUAAAAGUUGCAGAUUUUUCAUAUAACUUCUUUGUUGGGAGCUUACCCAAAUGUUUGCGUGUUCCAAGAUCAAGCUUUCAAGGGAAUUGCCUUCAGAUUAAAGACAUAAAGCAGCGGACUUCUGUACAAUGUGCUGGUGCUUCACCUGCCCAGAGCCAUCCAGUAAUGAACCUAAAGCAUCGAGCUGCUGAACAUGUGUCGAAGCAUCAAAGAGCAUCAAAACCUUCCUGGCUUUUGGCUCUAGAGAUAGCGACGGGAGUCAUGGUUGGUUGUCUCUUUUUGAUUGCUAUUUUCACGGCGUAUCAGAGGUUUAACAGCAAAUCAUCUAUCAUCAUUCCUUGGAAAAAAUCUUCAAGCGAGAAAGAGCAUAUGACAGUAUAUAUAGAAUCUGAUGUGUUGAAAGAUGUGACGAAGUAUAGCAGACAAGAUCUUGAAGUGGCCUGCGAAGACUUCAGCAACAUAAUUGGUUCUUCACCAGAUAGUGUGGUCUACAAGGGUACAAUGAAAGGUGGACCCGAGAUUGCUGUAAUUUCCCUCUGCAUUAAGGAAGAGCAUUGGACGGGUUACCUUGAGCUCUAUUUUCAGAGAGAGGUGGCAGACUUGGCAAGGUUGAAUCAUGAGAAUACAGGAAAACUGCUAGGUUAUUGUAGAGAGAGCAAUCCUUUUACCAGGAUGCUGGUUUUUGAUUAUGCUUCAAAUGGGACACUCUAUGAGCACCUACAUUGCUAUGAAGAAGGGUGCCAAUUGUCUUGGACACGGCGUAUGAAAGUUAUUAUAGGCAUUGCUCGUGGACUCAAGUAUUUGCACACAGAAAUUGAACCACCAUUCACUAUCUCAGAGUUGAAUUCCAAUGCUGUAUAUCUUACAGAAGACUUUUCACCAAAGCUGGUCGAUUUUGAAAGUUGGAAGACAAUUCUUGAAAGAUCAGAGAAGAAUUCUGGUUCCAUUGGCAGCCAGGGCUCCAUGUGCCUUCUUUCAAAUUCCGUGGAGGCACGUCGUCUUGACACCAAAGGAAACAUAUACGGCUUUGCAGUACUUCUACUGGAAAUAAUCAGCGGACGACCUCCGUAUUGCAAGGACAAAGGGUACUUGGUGGACUGGGCUAGGGAAUAUCUUGAGAUACCGGAAAUGAUGUCAAGUGUGGUGGAUCCAGAGUUAAAACAUUACAGAGAAGACGACUUGAAAGUAAUAUGUGAGGUGGUAUCUCAAUGCAUCAAUGGUGACCCCAACGGCCGUCCGUCAAUGCGGGAAUUAUGUAGCAUUCUGGAGGGCAGAAUUGACACUUCAAUUAGCGUGGAUCUCAAGGGAUCAUCUUUGGCUUGGGCUGAACUUGCCCUUUCAUCUUAGAUUCAUUUGAGAUUGUGUCAAUGCUAAUGACCAAGUAUAACACAAAGAUUGUCACAUAUACAUUCAACCAGCAUCUAUAACUACUACUAACACUUGUUCUUUUUUCUGACUACUUAAAUUGUCAAUUUUUUCUUUUUCUUUCUUACAUGUAAAUGGUUGCUAAGAAAGGGAAUGGGUGAGGAUUAAUGCAUGACAAGGUGUCAUCAUUGUAUAGCAGUGGUAGGUGAAAUUCCAGAAAUUGAUUAAUGUAAGAAGUUUGUCAGGCUACAAUUGUAUUUUUCGUAUAUUUGUAUACAUUGAGCAUUUUGUUGUA